AUGCGUUGGCUAUCUACCUUUCUUGCCCUGGCAGUAACAGGUGCAUUGCAGGUGAAUGCGUUGGAAGCUUCAAUUUUCGGCCUCCCUUCGAGGGCUUCAGGAAUUCACAAUGCCGAUAUCAAGCAACAAUCGCUGACUGAAGAAGAGGCCCAACUUGUUCUGGGGCUCCGCAUGAAGUCGUCUGUCGCAUCAGUCCUUGGAAUGGUGGAUACAGAAACUGUGAAUCACUUGAAUCAGUUUGCCAAAGCUGAUACUACUCUGUUUGGAGGUGUUGGUGAAGAUUUUGCCCCCGGAAGAAAUGUUUACAUUCUAGAGGGGGUGGAUGAACGAGUUGCCAUGAGUAUGCGAAAACUUCAACCGAAACAUGUCCUUGUCCCUAAGAUAUCCUCAACAUUCGUGGGGACAGACCUGAUGGGAUCGUUUAUCGAAAGCACAUAUAGCGUGACUGGGGACCGUGGUCAAUACUGCACAUACUACGAUAACGAUGCUAGCAAGUCCACAUCAACAAACUCCCAGACCGCUAAAGGCUGCCUGUCCAAGGAUCCUAUACUUUCCCGUGGCUCUGGACUUUUUGACCAAGAUUUCCUUGAACUUAUUGACUCUGUGGGAACGUGGACCAGUAAGAACCGAGAUCACUCUGUUUUGAAGCUUUAUCUUAAGACCGUCUCCGAUGACUCGCUUCUUUUGAACGUGAACAAAGCUCUUGAGUCAUUGAUUCUCCAACUGGCCCAGAUUUCGUCAACCGGCGAGCGUGAAAUCACACUUGUCAUUUUAACUCCUGGUCUUCAGUCAAACCCGCUUGGUCACCAAGAUGUGAACCAGCGUUUUGAACCCACAGGAAAGCAAGAUACUUUCAAACGGUCUACUCAACCGUUACAGUCAACUUUAGCACCUGUCUGCUACGCUUCAAAUUCGUCAUGCGCCGAAGCCACCAACAACUGCUCUGGACACGGCUUCUGUUACCUGAAGUUUGGCUCAGGUGCCGAAGGAACCACUGGAAACUGUUAUGCAUGCCAAUGUCAACAAAGCACUAUAAGAAAUAGCGAUGGCACGACCAAAACAGUGCAGUGGGGUGGCUCGGCUUGCCAAAAGCGAGAUAUCAGCUCACCGUUCUUCCUUAUUGCGAGUGUCAGUCUUCUAGUCAUUGUGCUGGUCGGCAGUGCCAUUGGAAUGCUCUUUAGCAUGGGCUCACAGGAAUUGCCCAGCGUCAUUAGUGCUGGUGUAGGGGCCCCCAAGACACAGAUGUGA